UCUCUCCCUAAACAACAAAGAGUAACUCAAGUUUAAAACACACACUCCUCCCUCAACCAUACCAGUUCACUUCUCUCUCUCUCUCUCUCUCUCUUGCUCAAUCUCCUUCUCAGAACUCUCAUGGCUCCAAAGAAGGAAGAGCCCAACAAAAGGAUUGUAAACAAAGGAGCAUGGACAGCUGAAGAAGAUCAAAAGCUGGCUCAAUAUAUUGAAGUCCAUGGAGCAAAGAAGUGGAAAGUAGUUGCAAUAAAAGCAGGUUUGGAUCGAUGUGGGAAGAGUUGCAGGUUGAGAUGGUUGAAUUAUCUAAGACCCAACAUCAAAAGAGGCAAUAUCUCAGAUCAAGAAGAGGAUUUGAUACUUAGGCUCCAUAAACUUCUGGGUAACAAGUGGUCUUUGAUUGCUGGAAGGCUACCAGGAAGAACUGAUAAUGAAAUUAAGAACUAUUGGAAUUCUCAUUUGAGCAAGAAAGUAAAUCAGAAGCAGAAACAAAUGGAACGUUCAAUAACACAAAACUCCCAACCAGAAAGUUGGAACAGUGUAAAGGUGAAUGAAGAAAAUAGCAAGGGAGAAAGUGGAGACUCAAAGAUUAGUUUUAAUACAGAUAAGUUAGUUGAAGCAGAGACAUUCUUUACUAGUAUCAAUGGAGGGCCUUCCAAUUUGGAAGUGAUGAGUGAUUACAACAUGAAACCAGAGACUGGUUUUAACCUGGAAGAGUGGUUUGAUUUCUCAAAUGAAGAAGAAUCUUCCAGUUUAGAUUGGGUGAAGGAAUUCCUUGAACCUGACCAAAGCUUCUAUGGUUUUUCUUGAUCUCACUCCCUCCCCAAGCUCUCUCUCUCUCUCUCUCAAUUAGUACUGUAAGAGGAUGUUGUUAGGAGAUGGGGAUAUUGUAAUUUUUUUAAUUUUUUUUAAUUUUUUUUUUUUUUUUUGGGUAUUAGACAAUUAAUUGUGAGAAAUUCUCUCCCUGGUUUAUAAAAUAUAAUCCAAAAAAACUUUUAAGA